AUGAUCCGCCGAAAACCCACCGCCAUAGCAAUCACACCCGAUGAUCUUACAAUCUUCGAGGAAGAGCGACUGCGCAAAUUGGAACGUGAAAACAAUGGUCGCGAGUCCGCGCAGAACGGCAUUCGCGUCAACUUUGACCCUAGCGACGAAUUGAAGCCUUUACCUGGUGACAAGGCAAGAAUAGUUAGGUCUCGUGAAGAGCGUAUAGGCAUUGGCCAGCGCACUUGA